UGUGUUUUCCAGGGUUUUAAGUGAUAUUGUUUGAUUAUUUUUCUCUUAAUUGAUCAGCUGAGAGCAGACGGUGUUUCAUCAUUUUCAGUAGGAGGGAUUGUGAGGUUGAGCAACUUGGAAACAUACCACAGAAAGAGGAAAUGACCAAACCCAAGAGAACUGGAGGGAGAGACACAUAGCGUAGAAUAUAUAUUACAGAGGAUUACAAAGAUUCAUAUUUACUCCUUUUUUUUUUUUAAACAAGUCUCUUAAUAGUGGAUUGGAGUUUUUGUGAACAUCAAUGAAGCUUUAGUUGAGUUCAGAAUGAAGAUCCUCCUCAUCAUCCUCACCUUCCACCUGAUCUCAGGUCCAGUGCACUGCUCUGAUGUGAUUGGUUACCCUGGAGGUUAUAUCAUAAUUGAUUUCAAACACCCAAUUAAUAUCAAGUCUACUGUAUAUUUUUGCAAAUUUAAAACACAAACAGUGCGCGAACCUCUGAUAACAGCUCAGGGCAGUCAGCUGCUCACAGGGGUUCAUAAGGACAGAUUUACUCUGUUUGGCUCCAGUGGAUUAUUCACACUGAUAUUCAGAAACCUGAGUUUACAGGAUACUGGAAUAUAUCAGAUUGGAGAGUUUGGACUGGCAGGGAAUCAUAACAUUAACCUGAAAGUGAACAGUGAUCCAUGUUGUAGCGGGACAAGAACAGUAACAGGUUAUUUGGGACAGACUGUGACGAUCAGCUGUUCCUAUCCAAGGGAGUUUAUAACAAACACUAAGUCCUUCUUUAAACUGGACGGUCUCAGUGUAAAUGAAGUGAUCCUCACUAGUGGAAGAGAACCGGAUGGCAGAUUCUCCAUUUCUGAUGAUGGGAGGAAUAAAGUUUUCAGUGUGAACAUCAAUGAUGUGAGAGAAGAUGAUGGAGGAGUUUAUUUCUGUGCAGUUGAUAAUGAAGGGACUGCCGUUAAUUAUCACUCGCUCUUCACAGCAAUUCAGCUCCAAGUCAUUGAAGUACCACAAGACACAACAGAGAAUCCAGAUGGCACAUCAGACACAACUCAGCCUGAAGUAACAAGUGACACAACAGAGAAUCCAGAUACGUCAGAUGCACUUCAGCCUGCAGGUUCCUCACUCAUCAUCACCAUGUGUGUCUGUGUGACUGUGCUGCUGCUGGGAGUAUUUGUACUCAUCUACAAGUUGAAAAGCAACAAGUCACAAGAUUCUGCCUCUAUAAGCCAGCAAACAAAUAACAUGACGGCUGAUUAUGAAAAUAAUCCAUCACAGAUUCAGAACAUCAUAAUGCGUCCAGUCUACCAAAACCUAAAUCCCAACACCAACCAAUCAGAUUCAGUCUACCAGAGUCUAGACCCCAACACCAACCAACCAGAGUCAGUCUACCAGAGUCUAGACCCCAACACCAACCAACCAGAGUCAGUCUACCAGACCCUAAAACAACUGGACUCGGUUUACUGCAACUUCCAGUUCAGUUCCAGUUCAUCAGAUUUAGUCCACUGUAACGCUAACCAUGUUUCACCAUAGCUUCAUAUUCUUUUAAUAAUCUGAAUGAGAGCUCAGAGUAAAAAUCAGUCACAUAUUCACAAAUGAAGUUUUAUUCCAACAAAAUGGUGAUUAAUCUUUUGGUAUUAGGUAGAAAAAUGGCAGCCAUGUAAACCUUUGUAUCCUGUUAUAAUCAAAAUCUGCACAUACGUUCUGUACUUGUCCAGGCAGUGGGAUGUAAAUUCAACUCAGCUGGCUCAUAAUUUGAUAUUUGCCAGACAUUCAGCCCAAAUACUAGUUGUCAAAAAAAUAACAGUAAAUGUUUAGUUUAACAAAAAAAAAAAAAAAAAAAAAAAAGUAAACUGGUCUAAACUGGGUAAAUUUAUACUGAGACAUCAGAAGACAGAAGAUGAGUAAAGGCAAUACGUCUUUAUGUUUAAGAAAAAUUCUUGAAGUGGAUUAUUAUAUUCAAUUAUUAGUUUCCUUAAUCAAUCACAGAUCACUUGUGAUUUUCAGGCUCAACACCGAGGCAGUUUCAUAGAACACACACCACAAAAAAAAAAAAAAAAAAAAAAAACAGAUUGCAGAUUUUCUCCCACUGGUAGCUAGCUCUUCCUCAUCACACAACAGCUACCAACCCUGAACGGUGAAGGCUACCAUGUGCUUCCUCCAAGACAUGUGAAGCCACUGCACCUUUUCCAGCUGCUGCUCAUGGCAGCUGAACAACUCUUGCACAUACAUGAGCUCAAAGAUACAUGCGAUUGGUCAGUGCCACUCUGACUGUCAGGGGAGGAAGUAACACCAUCCCUCACACUCUGCGAGCACAGCAGGUUCUGUUCUCUUGAACGUCUGGCCACCGAUGGCUGUGGUAUCAUCGAGAUUUGAACUUGAGAUCUCCCACCGAUAACUGCAACAAAUUUUCUGCUGAGCAAUAUUGUACAUUUUAAUAGCUAAACAUGUUUAUAUAUAAAGCCCUAAGACUACUUAGAUUUGUAGUUUCUGUAUUAGAAUUUUUUUGCUUUGUUUAACAUGCGUACUAAAAUGUUUCUGCUCCUCUUUAAAAAUAAAUAAAUAAAUAAAAUAAUUAUGUGCAUAUUACAACCAAGUAGAAAUGUUUGUUCUUUCUGCAGAUUUCUUUUCACCAUCUUUCAAAAUUCAACUGCAGUCUACUGUUUUUAAAGGAUUUAGCUUUUUUUUUUUCCAACUAAUUAAUAAAAACUGUAUCCACUUAAAAUUAUUCAAAGAAUAUUCUCUUUUUUUUUGGCAUUAACUCUUACACAUGAUUGUUAAAUCCAAUUAACAAUUUCCUGUAUGUUUAAAACACAGCAGCAUCGUCUCCGUGUGGAGAGAGAAGUGUGGAAGUUUUAUGGAAUUGAAGAUAAAAUUCACAUUGCAGUGUUUAACACUUCAUUUUCUGUAUUUAAUCUGUCAAAACACACAUUUCCUCAAAUCGUUUGGCUAAACAACCAACCAUGGAGUUGCUAAAUCUAA